CUGUCACGCUGACAGCUCAUGAGGAGUGGAGAGCCGGUAAUUGCCAUUCUUCGGAGGGGACAUGUACACUGAUCAUCAGAGCACUGUGAUCAGUGCCCCAGCAGUGCCACCUGUCAUUGUCCAUCAGUGCCAGCUCUCAGUGCUCAUCCAUGCUUCCUGCCAGUGCCCAUCAGUGCCACAUAUCAGUGCCUACCAGUGCACAUCAAUGCCACAUAUCAGUGCCCAUCUGAGCUGCCCUUUCAGUGUCACCCAUCAGUGCCACCUAUCAAUGCCAGUCAGUGCCACCUAUCAAUGCCAAUCAAUGCCACCUAUCAGUGCUGCCUAUCAGUGCCACCUAUCAGUGCCAGUCAGU